AUGGCGUCGGACAAGCCGAUCGUGCUCCACCUUGGAGAUCCUAUCGAAUUUAACAAGGAACUCUAUGCCCAGAUAUCCAAAGAAUUCAUUGUAAUUCGCCCCUCAUUAGAAGAGCGGCAACGCGAUGCAUUUCUGAAGGCCCUGAAGGAGAAAAAAUGGGGAGACUUCCAGGGUAUUUUCAGACCGUUUUGGAACACCGGAGGGGAAAUGGGGCGUUGGGAUGCUGAACUGAUCCCGUUGCUUCCGCGGUCGUUGAAGGUGUACGGAAGUGCAGGGGCAGGUUAUGACUGGAUGGAUGUUGAUAUUCUGGCCGAGCACGCAAUCGUCUACUGCAAUGGGGCUCAAGCAUCAAGCGAAGCUGUGGCCGAUAUGGCCAUUUUCCACAUUAUCUCCGUCUUUCGCAAUAUGCAAUGGUCUAUGGACGCGGCACGCUCGGCGGAUCCCAACCUCUGGCUUGAAGCGCACCAGAAUACCGCAGCCACCGCUCAUAACCCACAAACUCAGAUCCUGGGCAUCAUCGGUCUCGGAAACAUUGGCUACACCAUCGCACGCAAGGCCUAUGCCUGCUUCGGAAUGAAAAUCUAUUACCAGGAUCUGUAUCGUAAGUCCACGGAGCAGGAGGAAGCGAUUGGGGCCUCCUUCUGCGAAUCGCUUGACGAGCUUCUUGGCGUGGCAGACUGCGUUGUUCUCGCAACACCGUUUGGCGGAUCAAAGCUCAUAACCCAGGAGGCACUCGCAAAAUUCAAGAUAGGAGCCAAAUUUGUAAACAUUGCGCGGGGUGCUCUGGUCGAUGAGGCCGCUCUGGUUAGUGCUUUGAAAUCUGGCCACCUAUCGGCGGUAGGUCUGGAUGUUCAUGAGAAUGAGCCACACGUGAACAAGGAGCUGGCACAGAUGAGAAACGUCACGCUCACUGCGCACACAGCCGGAGGUGCUGUGGAAACGCAGAUCGGAUUUGAGAAACUGUCCAUGGAGAAUGUCCGGCGGGUCUUGACAGGACAAGAGCCGCUAACACCAGUGAACAAACAUCUUCUUAAGGGGUAG